AUGGCUGGGUACCAGAAUUCAACAACUAAGCUUUACAACGAUUCUUCUUCUUUAACCAGCGCUUCCUACUCUCCACUUAAUUCUAAUCAAUCUUUAAUACAACUUCCUACUACGCCGACUUCUCCGGCGCCUUCAUUCUCUAACUCUUCAACCACGAAAAACUCUAUCACCACGAAUUCCAACGCCAACAAUAACUCUCCCUCCUCCACCACCAACUCACCAAAAACCAUCACCUCCUCAAACAAUUCUGCAUCCACCACGCCCACAGCGAACAACAGCAACUCGAACUCUCCAGCUGCUUCACGCUCUUUAACCAAUAAUAACUCUUCUGCAAACAAUUCUCCUUCUUCUAACCCUCAAUCUUUAACCCACUCCUCCGCAUUCACUCCAUAUCAAAAUUCUCCUCAACAUCCCACUCCGGUGACUACACCGACUUCAAUACCAAAGAAUCCGCUUUCUCAAGCAUCACAACAACAAGAUCCAACAAUGAUGACAUCUCAUUUGGACAAUGGUUCAAGUCCUACUUUGGGUUACCCACCGCACACACAUUUCACAAAUCCAGCUACACCUUUUUGGUCUCCCCAAUGGCCUGUUGGAGGAAAUGGCACCAAUGGAGUGGCCGUAGCCACCUUAGCUCAACAAGGUGGUGGUAGUGCUUUCAUGCCUACUUAUGGAGCUGGUGCUGGAGGUUCAAUGCCACCGCACAGUCCUCGCCCAAAAUUAACUACUACGAUAUGGGAAGAUGAGGCCACAUUGUGCUAUCAGGUCGAUGCUCGCGGAAUUUGUGUGGCUAGACGUCAAGAUAAUGAUAUGAUAAAUGGGACCAAACUUCUAAAUGUGGUAGGAAUGUCUCGCGGUAAACGUGAUGGUAUACUGAAAAACGAAAAAGGACGUGUUGUCGUAAAAGUUGGUGCAAUGCACCUUAAAGGUGUAUGGAUCACCUUUCAACGAGCAAAAACCUUGGCGGCACAAUUUAAGAUCGGGGAUAUACUCUAUCCGCUUUUCGUGGAUGAUCCGAGUGUAUUUCUUCAUAGCUCAUAUGCUGCUGCUCCGAUGAAUAGAAUACCAUCAAUGGGUGCUGGCGCAGGUAAUAGUCAAUGGAGAGGUCAACAUCCGUAUGCCAACACAUUCAAUGGUCAAUACGCUGAAGGACGACCGUGGGGUUAUCCAUACGGCAAUAAUAAUCCAGUCGCCGGUAUGUUGCCUCCCGCAUCUGCAUCACAAGCUUCAAGAAGUCAUACACCACAUCCCCCACACCUUGAUGAGGACUACGCUAAUAAUUAUAAUCUGAUGAAUGGACAAAACCCACAAGGCCAGCCAGGGGGAGUUGUAGUUUCGAGUGGGUCUUCAUUUCCGGGAAGACCACCAGCUCAAUAUGAAGAAGAAGGAGCACCAAAUAAUGGAACAUCUUUUUAUCGACCUCCGGGACUUUAUAAUCUAGUUUCAGCUGCUGAAGUAGUUGGCGGAACAACCCCUCAAUCUGGAUCUCCCCAAUUAAUUGGACAAAAACGAGUAUUUGAUGGUGAAGAAAAUGAUGACUAUAAUAACGGUGUUAAUAAUUCGAAUCAACCGAGCCCACCACUUGCUAUGCAUCCUCCACCGUUGAGUAAUAUAGCGGUUGCUAACACAAUGAAUGUUGCUAAUUCGUUCCCAAGUCCAUUAAAUGUGAGCCCACAAUCUUCACCCGGCUCAUCGGCUUUCCAGGGAUGGAAUCACCCCGGAAAGAGAGUAAAAUAUGAAUUUCCCGAAGCAACCACACCGCCAUCUGCUCAUUCAUCACCGAGAAUUGCGCCUGGAUAUCAAUUACCUGGCCUCGGUGCGGGGCCAUCAACUCCAGGAUCAGCAACAACUCCUACACAACAAUACACCAAUAGUUCACUUCAAAUGGUGACGAAUGCUCAAGGUAGUCCACAUCAUUAUUCAUCAUCAAGCGGAAAUAAUAAUGGCCCAGCCACUGGUACCACAACACCAACGACGGAAGGUUUAGAGCGAUACUUUCAGGAUAGUGCAGCUUUAACUUCAUCUUCACCCGAAAGUGGAGGCGUUGGUACGCCGGUAGAAGAGAAUAGGCGCUACGAGCAAUAUUAA